AUGUCCACCCGUAAUCUCAAGAGAGAUCUGAUUACCGGACAAACCGUGGCCUUGCGUGCGGUACACCGGACACCUUCGUCACGCCUGAGUGCACCAAUGACAGCGGUCCUUCAGGCGGUCAAAUCAGGAACUUCCGAGGACGUAGCAAAGCUCAUUCACAACGGUGAGUUGGUGAACAAGGCGGACGUCAACGGCUUCACAGCACUCCACUCAGCAUGCCAGAGGUGCAAACUCAACGAACUCAACCUCCUGCUUGAAUACAACGCCAAUGUCAACCACCCCACAAAGGCAGGCGGAACCCAAAUUCUGUUCUCUCAUCCCUGCAUUGUUUGCCUGCAGCUGGAACAGGCGAGUCCGUUGCAUUUGGCAGCCAAAUCAGGCUUUGUGGAGGGCGUGAUCCGACUGCUGGAGUGCUACGCAAACCUCGAGGCGGUCGACAAGGACGGCUUCACUCCACUCCUCGUUGGCUGCAGGGAGGCCAAAGCCAAGGUCGUCCAGGUCCUCAUUGAGGCAGGCGCCAAUGUGAACCACAUCUCAUUUGAGGGCUACACAGCACUCGAUGCUGCCAUUUCCAACGGAAUGGAUUCUUCAGUGGACCUACUGCUGCGCGCAGGUGCUCGAGUUAACAUGGCGGGCAAGGGCGGCAAAACAGCCUCCCACUACGCCGCAGACUUCGGCCGUUGCAAUGCUCUCCGACGAAUGGCGCUUGAAGGCGCUGAUUUCAACAUUCGAAGCUGGCGUGGUUGUAGUCCCCUCCACUAUGCUGCACUGCGUGGCAAUGUUGAGAGCGCUGGGGUUUUGGUGGAAGGAGGCGCAGACGUCGACCUGGAGGACUGCAACGGCGCCACACCGAUCAUCAAUGCUUGUCGUGCCAACCAGGUUGACAUGGUCACGUUUCUUCUCGAACAAAACGCUGACCCUAAUCGACAAACAAAGCAAGGCGAAUCGGCUCUUUUGAUCGCUACGAGGCAGAACUCAUUCAAAAUGGUACAACUCCUGCUCAGCAAUGGAGCGAAUCCGCGCUUGGCCAACAACGCCGGCACAACACCAUUGCACGUUGCCAGCAAACAAGGCUCAGACGAGAUUUGCGCGCUCCUCUUGAACCACGGCGCGGAUCGCUAUGCUCGCGACUUGCAAAAUCAGACACCCCGUGACCUAAAUAUGAUGGCCGGACAAGGUCGUUAUUUAGCGCUCUCUCCCUCUUCCUGUCGUUCGCCAACCCCAAGCUGCCUGUCACCACGGAGUUGCGUUUCCCCUAAGACGCCGGCGGAAACGUCGGAGCACGUGCGGUACCUGCGAUCGCAGUCGAUUUCUUCCCUGCGCAACCAGGCCUCGUUGAUUGCCUCGAUGCGUGAUAGUCGGUCGCGCGCCACGCAAUCGCAGCGCGCCAACAUCAACCAUUCCGCGCCGCGUGCCUUCACCGCGGACCUCCUCAAUGGCCGCACGCGUGUGAAGAAGCGACCUAACAUCCUGACACGAUUCAACGUCAACAGUGAAUCAUCCAGCACGACAACCUCGCCGUCGAACCUGGUGAAUGGGGUGGCUGCCGAGGAGCCGCAGGAUGCGCGGACAGAUGAGCCUCCAGCACCUCCGAAGUACAUAAGAGAGAUCAAAUCGAAGGCGGGAGUCAUUAUCUGCUACGAACCUGGGUCUAUCCGUGAAAGCCAUCCCCAUGAAAACCCAGAUGCUCUGUCGGCGGUACAGAAUGGGGAUGUGGAGAAGGCAAUUCAGGCACUACGGUGGGGAGCAGAUGUUGAAGCACGUGAUUUGCAAGGAAACACACUCCUGUUGAUUGCUGCUGACGCCGGAAACUUAGAGAUGGUUACUAGUCUUAUUAGAUAUCGCGCAGAUGUGAAGGCGAAGGACUCAGAACUCCUCGAUUCACCACUCCACCGCGCAGCCAGAGGAGGCUUCCACAAGAUUGUGGAGGUCCUUCUCAACAACGGAGCCGACCCAAACUCUCGUAAUUACGACAAAGAGACCCCACUGCACAAGGCUAUUCGGAUUGACGGAGAACAGUGCGUCAAGCUGUUAAUAGCUGCUAAGGCCGACGUCAAUGCCCAGGACGAGUAUGGGACCACGCCUCUGGCCCUCGCCGCUUCGAAGGGGAAUCUCUAUGCCCUAAAACUCCUUCUUCACCAUGGAGCGGAUCCGAAUCUUGCAGAUCAUCGCGGCACAAGUCCAUUCAUAUGCGCCUUCGAAGCGAAGCGGUACGACGUAAUUCCCGCCCUGGCGGUUGCUGGAGCAUACGUGGAUGAAACCAGUCUGCGCGGUCGUACCGUCCUCCACGAGGCAGCUGCGAGCGGCGACGACGCCAUGGUGAAGGUCCUCAUCGAGGUCGGCUCGCCGGUGAGUGUCACCGACGAUCGCGGCAACACGCCACUGCAUUUGGCCUGCAAGCACGGCCAGUACAAUGCAGCCGAACUCCUCAUAGAAGCCGACGCACCGCUUCAUUGCAGAAACAUGGCCGGUGAGACGGCGAAGGACCUCGCCGAGGAAUCGGGCAACGCUGCCCUGACGGUCCUGCUGCAGGCAAUGAUGGAAUCCGACGACAGCGCCGCCUAA